UCUUAAUUUAACAACUUAAUGUAGAGAAAAUCGAAGUUUUUUUUCAUAAACAAAAUGUAAACAAAUUUUCGUUGAAAAAAAAAUUAAAGAUUUCUGGAGUUAGACAUCAAAUUAAAACGAGAUAUUUUCACUGAAUAUGCCUUAAGAUAAGAUCUUUAAUCUGGCAUUUAAAAGAUUAAAAACAAGAAAUUUUAGGAAGUAAAAAUGUCAAAUUUAGCUAAAUGUGCUGUAAAAUCGUGUCAAACCAAGAACCAAAAGUUAUUUCGAUGUCCUAAAGUAACAAGCCAGCUGAAGAAAUGGAAGAGCAUGUUGGAAGUGACUCAGAAUGAGUUUUAUGUAUGUGAAUUGCAUUUUGAUGCCAAUUUUGUUACGUUUGAAAAAGUUUUAAGCGAUGAAGCAGUUCCAACGAUUUUCAUUAAUGAAAAAGUGACGGCCAAUCAGUUCUGUUCAUGCUGUUCGAGUCCACUAAAUGAAGGAUACCAAUUAAGUUCAUUUCAUCGUGAUAUAAGCAGCAUAUUGUUUAAUAAUCCAGCUCCGCACAAUGGAGAUCUUAUUUGUGGAUUCUGUAAUGAUAAUAUUGCUAAAAUAAGCGACUUCAUUCGUAUUGUUGACGAAAAUAGACGAAAUUUUGAGACGCUGGAUGUUGAAAUGGAUGAAUCAAUGAUGCAGGAACCUCUUGUGAAACUUGAACCUCCAGAUUAUAAAAUGUAUGAUAGUGAAGAAGAACCAAAUGUCCUUAAAGAAAAUGUUUUGUUCCUGAAAACAGAAAACUCUCAAAGUGAUUCAGAAGAUGAACUUUACGUGCCGGAACUGAUUGAUUCUAAAAGAAAAAGCUCUAGUAAGAAGUAUCCAAAGUCACCAAAAGAUAAGAAGGAUUCAAGGACUUAUAAAUGUGAAGUUUGCGAUUAUGAAGGAAAGAACAGAACUCAAAUAGCUGAGCAUGUUAAAAAGAUGCAUGUUAUAGACGAAGAGUUUAAUUACGAUGAAGAAAUCAGCUAUGAUGAUGGAAUUGAACGUUCCUACGAAUGUGACAUAUGCCGUGAAGUCUUUAACGAUAAGAAACGCCUUAAAAAGCACUUUGCAAGUCAUUUUGAUAGGAACAUAGUCCUUGAAUGCUCCGAAUGUGGUAAAAGCUGCAAUGGACUUGCAUUAUUGACUGCUCAUAAGAACUGCGAACAUAAAGAGAACAACAGAUCUUGGUGCAUGUGCUAUCGAGUAUUUAACAAUGUUAAUGACAUGAGAAGAUGCCGAAAGAAUCACAAGUUAACACUGGAAUCUGAUGAUAAUGUUUGUACUGAAUGUGAUACUUUUGUAGCAUUUCCAAGUAUUCGAACGUUAGCUACUCAUAAAACAACAGUACAUGGAGUUGGUAUUCGAUUUUGGUGUCAAGGAUGUGGAAAGCUGCAUUUGUCAGAAGAAGAUUGCUCAACUUGCAUGAAAAAUCAUACAUUAAUUAAGAAUUACUUUGUUAAAUGUCCAGAUUGUGACAAGAAGGUUCGAUACUCGUCAAUAAGAGUCCAUCGAAUAGCUGUACAUAUAGGACAAAGAGACAUAAUGUGUGAUCAAUGCGGCAAAGGAUUUCCAACCAACUCUCAACUUUUCAGUCAUUUAAGGAGCUUCCAUGUCGAUAAAGAGGAUAAGGAAACAUAUGAAUGUGAUUUAUGUCCUGCAAAGUAUUGCUCAAAAGGCGGAAUAUUCACACAUAUGAAUCAGAUCCAUAAUACUGAGAAAGAAGUCGCAAAAUGUCCAAUUUGUCUUAAAAAAAUCUUUGUAGCUCUAGAAUCACACAUGGGGAACUUCCAUCCAAAUAACUAUGAUAAUGGAGCACGAGCAGAUCCAGUUACUAAUAAAUUUCACUGUCCAAACUGUAUUAGAAAGUUCGGAGGUCUUAAAGCAUUUGAACAUCAUGUCAGGCUCAAUGUCUGCUCAAAUUUCGGAGAAUAUGAAGUUGAUGAGACUAAGAAGCUGACGAUUUACACCGAGGGAAAAUUUACGUGCAACAUUUGCAAUAAAGUACAGACUUCAAUGACCAAACUGAGAAUCCACAUGAGACGUACUCAUUCAGGAACUCAAACAUGCUCCAUAUGCGGUAAGGUACUGAAAAACUUGAGAAAUUUUUAUAAGCACGUAAAUAAGGUCCACAAAAUGACCGUGAGGGAGCUUAGAGAUGCAUAUCCGACCUAAAAAUGAGUUUCAUCAAAGUUGGUUGCUUUAUAGUGUUAUUAACUCGAUGUCGGACUGGAUCUGACAACAUUACAGCCUUCCAAGUCCUGAUCAUCAAGAUAGCAACACGAGAAAGCUGCUUAAUUGACCUGAAAGGAGAAGAAUACAUGUUAAAUUAUAAAUCUGAAAUAAAGAUCCUACAAACUGCAUACUUGAUAUCUAAUGUUAGGUAUUUAAAUUGAUUUAUUUGUUUCUUGUUGUUUUCAUCGAAAUACAGAUAGUCUUUCAUUACGUUCGAUGCUCUAUCAAAAAUUAGUUUAUGAAGAUAUAUCAUGCAAU